AUGGAAUCCUGCAAUUGUGUGGAGCCGCAAUGGCCGGCGGAUGAUUUAUUAAUGAAGUAUCAAUAUAUCUCCGAUUUCUUCAUUGCCCUUGCUUAUUUCUCAAUCCCGCUCGAGCUUAUUUACUUUGUUAAGAAAUCAGCGGUAUUUCCGUAUAGAUGGGUUCUUGUUCAGUUUGGUGCCUUCAUAGUUCUAUGUGGAGCAACACAUCUGAUUAAUUUAUGGACCUUUACAAUUCAUACGAGAACCGUGGCGAUUGUAAUGGCCACCGCUAAGAUUUUAACUGCUGCGGUAUCUUGCGCCACUGCCCUUAUGCUUGUGCAUAUUAUUCCUGAUCUAUUAAGCGUUAAAACUAGGGAGUUAUUUUUGAAGAAAAAGGCUGCUGAUCUUGAUAGAGAAAUGGGUAUGAUUCGUACGCAGGAAGAAACCGGUCGACAUGUUAGGAUGUUGACUCAUGAGAUUAGAAGUACUCUUGAUAGACAUACAAUACUGAAAACAACACUUGUUGAACUCGGGAGAACUCUUGGACUAGAGGAAUGUGCGUUAUGGAUGCCGACACGUACUGGGUUGGAGCUUCAACUCUCUUACACGCUGCGACAGCAGAAUCCUGUUGGAUAUACAGUACCUAUCAAUCUUCCUGUGAUUAACCAAGUAUUUAGUAGCAACCGCGCGGUUAAAAUUUCAUCAAAUGUUCCAGUUGCUAGAUUACGGCCUCAUACUGCAAAAUACAUGCCGGGAGCUGUAGUUGCUAUCCGAGUGCCUCUCUUAAAUCUUUCUAAUUUUCAAAUAUAUGAUUGGCCCGAGGUUUCAACUAGAAGCUAUGCUUUGAUGGUUUUGAUGCUUCCAUCUGAUAGUGCUAGACAGUGGCACGUACAUGAGUUAGAGCUCGUUGAGGUAGUUGCCGAUCAGGUAGCUGUUGCGCUUUCGCAUGCUGCAAUUUUAGAAGAGUCGAUGAGAGCAAGGGACCAGCUUAUGGAGCAGAAUGUUGCACUUGAUAUGGCUAGAAGAGAAGCCGAAACUGCAAUUCAUGCUCGCAAUGACUUUUUGGCUGUUAUGAAUCACGAGAUGAGAACUCCGAUGCAUGCAAUUAUUGCACUCUCUUCAUUGUUACAGGAAACAGAUAUGACGGCCGAGCAACGUCUGAUGGUGGAAACAAUAUUGAAAAGCAGCAAUCUAUUGGCUACGCUCAUCAACGAUGUUUUAGAUCUUUCACGACUCGAAGAUGGCAGUUUUCAGCUUGAAACAGCAACGUUUAAUCUUCAUUCAAUGUUUAGAGAGGUCCUUAACUUGAUUAAACCUGUCGCAUGUGUUAAAAAGCUGUCACUCACUUUACAUUUCGCACCAGAUUUGCCGGUGUAUGCAAUUGGUGAUGAAAAGCGUCUCAUGCAAACUCUUCUCAAUGUUGUUGGUAAUGCUGUUAAGUUCUCAAAAGAGGGAAGCAUUUCAAUCACCGCAUUUGUUGCAAAGCCUGAAUCCUUCAGGGAUAUUAGAUUUCCUGAUUUCCUACCAGUGCCAAGUGAUGGCCACUUUUAUUUGCGAGUACAGGUAAAAGAUUCAGGAUCAGGAGUCAAUCCACAAGAUAUCCCGAAGUUAUUUACUAAGUUUGCACAAAACCAAUUAGCGACAAGAAAUCCUGUUGGAAAUGGGCUUGGCCUUGCAAUAUGCAGAAGGUUUGUGAAUCUCAUGGAAGGCCAUAUUUGGAUCGAAAGCGAGGGUAUUGGUAAAGGAUGUACAGUCAGUUUUAUUGUGAAACUCGGAAUCCCAGACCGAUCAAAUGAGUUUAAGCUACCUUAUAAACCUAAAGCUCUUGUAAACCAUGGAUCUACAAACAUUGCCGGUCUCAAAAUUCUCGUCAUGGAUGAUAAUGGGGUGAGCAGGUCAGCCACGAAGGGGCUUCUUAUGCAUUUAGGAUGCGACGUCACUACUGUAGGCUCGAGCGAAGAAUGCAUGCGUGUUGUUUCGCAGGAACACAAAGUGGUCUUCAUGGAUGUUUGUACAGGGUUAGAUGGUUAUGAAUUAGCGGUUCGUAUACAAGAGAAGUUCGUGAAUCGUCAAGAUAGACCACUUAUAGUUGCUCUCACCGGAAACACCAACAAGUGGAGUAGAGAAAACUGUACGAGAGCUGGUGUGAAUGGCCUUGUUUUGAAACCUGUUUCUGUUGAGAAAAUGAAGGGUGUUUUAAUAGAACUCUUGGAGCGGCGAUUUGUGUUUGAAACGGUUUAA